AUGGGCUUCCUCUCCUUCACGCGCAAGCGCAAGACGAGCGAGCAUCCCGGCCAAUCGCCGCCGAAGCGCUCCUUCUCCUCGUUCUCGCUGCGCCCCCGCUCCUUCUUCGACAGCAACGAGCCGCCUACCAAGCUCGAGCCGGCCGUCCCGCGCCCUCGUCAGAGGGCUACCGCUCGGGACACGCGUGAGCGCGCUGCACUCCUGCACGACCUGAAUGCGAACUACUUCUCCCAGUCCCUCCCCUCUGGAACCAGGGGCAACAGGGGCGCGACGUUCCACCCCGGCGCCUCUGGCGGGGGGAUGGACUGGCGCCUCGGCGCCACCGCCGCCGAGGCCACCGGCGCAGAGGCGGAGGAAGCGAGCCGGGGCGAGUUUGCAGCCUUCAUGGCGCGCAACGGGCUGGACUCGGACGAGGACAGCGAGGAGGAACUGCUCCCUCCUCCCACUCGUCGUGCGCCCAGGGCCGACGGCCGGCCGAUCGGACUCGGCGAGUUCGGUCGCCACUCCAUGUUUGACGCGCCUUGCGCGCCCGUCGAGCCCCUCAGCAAGGUGCCCACCAACGCUAGCCUUGUGCUGCCGCCCGGCGCCAUGCACCCGACCCCGCCCCGGAUCGACUUUGCCGCGGAGGUGUUCCGCCCCAUUGACUGGGGGUUUAAGAAGAGGAAUGCUGCUAUGGUGAGUUACUACAUUUGA